AUGACAAAGAGUGGAAGAGUGAAAACAAUGAAGCUUAUUCACAGGUCAGGGUCGGUGCGCUGCGGCAAUUAUAUUUCAUCCUACUGGGGCUGCACCUACUCAGGAUAUGGAGAAGAUUUGAUGACAAUCAUUACAGAUGCAAAUAAGAAGGCCAUUCUGCCCCCUACCGAAGACUUGAAAGCUCAUUCUGAUAAAAAAGACCAUUACAGCCUUCCUGGAUAUCACCAUAAUUCAACUGAGCUGAUUUUUCACAACCUCGUCAAUCCAUUGUCUGUCUCGAGCAACCAAGAGAUGCAGAUAUGGUACGGACAGGAUUGGAAGGACUACUUUGAGGGAGACAACAGCGGUAAAACUUGUGUUGAUGUGUAUGCAUGGUAUGAGUGAGUCUGCCCACUGGAGAUCUUGCCUUCGAUAAUUUUAAAACGUAAAAGAAAAACAUUAGAAAACACUUUUAGGAAGACAAACCUGUUUCAAUGUUUAAGGACUGCUAUGUCUUCGUUCUAUACUUGUAGAAAAAAGAAAGACCGUAGGGAUCAGAAUAGUUUAUUAUUAAAAUGUCGCUCGAGAUCACGGAGAAAGGCCUGAUAUUUUUCGGUCAAUUAGUUUUCCUUAGUUUUGCUCAGCAUGGUACACCUUACUAGGUAUUGUUGUACACUUCCUUAGAAUUCAUAGUCGAGAGCAAAUUUAACUGUAUCAGAAAGUUUAAUUUCAAUAAAUUCAUGCACUUAAGUGGUUAUUUAUAGUGGGAUUUCGAACUCAACCUCGAUUUCAAAAAGGGAAAAAUGGAAGCCAAAUAAAACUAAACAAUUCCGGAAGGCAAAAGAAAGGAAAGAACACAAAACAAAAAAAAACACUCUCCCGAAAAAUACUCUCCUCAGUUCCGUGUAUCAAGUCUAUUUUUCAUCAUAACGUCCUUGACCUGUGAUCCUUCCUAAAAACUCCCGCAAAUAAUUCAUGGAUAAUCGACGCCAGGAAAAACCUCAGGGCACUUGACUAAGUCAGUUCCUUCCAAAUGUUUUGGUAGAAUAUUGAAUCAUUACGCAUAUUUUUACUUUAAUCCUGUCAACAAUGAAGAGAAAAAUCAAACUGAGCGGCAAUUUUGCUUCUCCGACAAUGUUGCAGUCUGUGGCGUGGCUUAGUUUUUCUGUUUUCGGCGGAAGUCUAAAAUUUGAAAAUUGAAAAUUGCAAUCAAUUUUCAAUUUUUGUUUUCGGACAAAACAUUCCAAAUUGUUGACAGAACUACCCAGGAGGGAGGGGGAGGGCUCCAUUCGCACGUUAAUUUUUUCCCCCACCGCCCUCUCCCCAGGGAGGUCCGCUUCCUUUCAUGCGCUGGAAGAAUUUAUUUGCCCUUGCCACUUCCCCUCCCACGCAACACUUCUCUAAAAAGGAGGAGGAAGCGGGAAAUUCGUAUUUAUCACGUGGUCACUUUUCCGAAUAUAAACGACUUCAGUGCUGAGUACAUAAAGGAUUUUGUAAUAACUCAACGAAAAACACACUCCGAGGUGAGCUUAUUGCUAAAAGAAAGAUUUCCCGACAAGAAAGGCAUUAGUUCGAGGUCAGUUAGGAGGUUUUGUUUAGAGAAUGGGAUACAUUUGCACAACCGCCUGUCAAAUGAUGAGCUUGAGCAGUGCACGCGUGACGUCGUUGCUCGGGUAAGUAUAAGUUUUUGAGACUUUUAAGUGCUUGUUGUUCACUAUUUUCCUCUUUUUUCUACCUUCAUUCUCUUGUUUGCAUAACCGUCUAUAUGAGCAUCCUUCAGGGUUUAAAAGUAAUUUUUUCAGCUUUUUAGCGUGAAUCUGUAGGUUUUCAGUCAAGGCUCAUUUUUUUUCCCGGUGGUCAAUAAUAAAUGAGCUGUUUGAGUCGGGAUGCUGAUGAUCAAACAACCUCCUCAAAUUUGUUAAAGCUUUGAUUACACACAGAAUGGGGAGACACAAUUCCGUCACCAUUUAACUUAACUCGACCAAAUAAGAAACAAAGGAUGACCAUCAUGGAAAUAUCAACGUAUAAUUGAAAGGGUAAUUUAUAUUAUUAAACUGACUUGAUAACUGACUGUGAAUAUAUGCAUAUAAACCCACAUACAAUCCACAAUUCCUCCAAUCGCUCUGACGAGGGGCUAAAGCUCUAAACGUCAGCUUUUCAUCUCUUUACGGUGGCCAAUUGAGUUGAUAACGUAGGAAUUAAGAGUGCCGAGUCGGGAUACCCACGGAUCCCCACGGUAUCAACGAGUGAUUUUUAUUCAAUUAAUUUAUUCUUGUUUCCUCGUCACCAUAUUCCAACCAAUAGCGUAGUUCCAUUUUCUGCAUAUAAACCCAUACAACCCACAAUUCCUCUAAUCGCUCUGACGAAGGGCUAACGCACGAAACGUCAGCUUUUAAGCCCUUUACGAUGGCCAAUUUACGUUAUCAACUUAGUUGACAAUAUUAAAUUACCCUGUUAUACUCUACCUAGUUGAAAGAUCUGGCUCCAGUUGUUCGAGGGUUGGAUAACGAGAUCCCGCCGUGUAUAAAUCUCUACCCGGUGGAUGGUUGAGAGUCGCUCUGUGUCAAUGAUAGCGUAUAGACACAGAUUUUUAGUCUCCGUGUUGUGUCUUAUUUUCCUUUUAAAUAUCCAUUCUACGGCGCUGAAAUUUGUUCCGGUGUUUUAUAAGUCGAUGCACUUGCCAAUAGUACAAUUUUCUUGGCAUGGUCUUGGUUCAAGUGACUAUACGAAGCAAGGAUAUUUCUCAGCUCGAGCUUGGGUAUAUGAACAUUGGUCUUUCGACAUUUGGAUAUGGCUAAACUGCGGUGUCCCAAGGGAUAGUCGUUUAUGGUCUGGAACAAAUUGUCUCGCCCUCGCUACAAUGGAUUCUAUAUGGUCCAGCUCUCAUCGAUGUAAACAAAGGCACAAGCGUCCGCGAUAUUACAAAACGCCAGUCAGUUCUUAUUACAGCAACUCCAUUGCGACGCAAGGGCUAUUGAUCCUGAGUGGUGAUAGCACCCAGAAGUCAAAACAAAAAACCAAUUCCAAGCGAAAAAUAAUGAAAUGUGAUUGCUGUGAGAAGAUGAUAAGAAGAAAUCAAGCAAGCAUAACUUGCUGUGCUUGUAUUGGGUCUUUCCACCUGAAAUGUUCCGGCCUGACAGCCUCCUCCUCUACCUGGUUAUGCAGUAACUGUCUGGGAUUUGCCCUGCCCUUUUACAAGUGCUCUGACGCGGAAAUGCUGGAUGAUACGCUCGAUUUGUCCGCAUCUCUUGAUCCUGGCCUUAAUAUUCAUCCGUUCUGCUUUAACUCAGGCCAGUUAAAAAUAAUGCAUCUUAAUACUCAGUCCAUGGUUUCGACAUUUAAUGAGCUUUUACUCACUGUCAAUUCAUAUCCACUGGACAUUGUAGCAUUGAGGGAAACCUGGCUUAGAGAUCAACCGCAAUUAUUAGACUAUGUUUCUAUCCCUGGCUUUGUUACGGAAUUCCAGAACAGGGAAGGUAUAAGGGAGGUGGUGUUGGUGUUUAUAUUAAGGAAAAUAUCAAUUAUAAGCGCCGUCGUGACAUUGAAUAUGCCCACCCAGAACUUGAACACCUAUGGAUAGAGGUGCCUGGCCGCAAUAAGUAUGGUAGGGCUCUUGUAGCUGUGAUCUAUAAUUCCGAGCGCAUGCUCAGUCCUUCUGAUUGGCUACAUAGUUUAGAGAACUUACUUGGAUACCUAACUGUAUGCUGGGAUGGCAUGUUAAUGCUUACAGGAGACAUCAAUAUCGAUGUUCUUCGUCCUUCUGACCAUCUAGCACAAAGGUAUCAAAGUAUGCUAGAUAUGUUUGAGCUUACACAGAUUGUGAAACGGCCCACACGUACUACGAGGACCUCCAAAACCCUAAUUGAUCACUUUAUCACCAACCAUCAACAAAAGGUGACCAUCACUGGUAUAAUUCCAUGCUCUAUUGUAAGUGACCACAAUGCCAUCUACGCAUGCGUCAAUGUACGGCUCCCUCGGUUCCAGCCUCGUUAUAAAUUUAUCAGGGACAUUAGGAACUUUAACAAGGACGUGUUUAAAGAGGACUUUUCUACUCUUCCUCUGUCUGUUAUAUACUACUCAGAUGAUCCAGACGAACAACUAGAGACACUGAAUACACUAAUUUCCGAGUGUCUUGAGAGACACCCCUUGCGGAAGGUUCGUGUCACGCGACCACCCGCCCCAUGGAUGAAGGACCCACUGAUAGAGGAACUCCAGAAAAAACGGGAUUCUGCUAGAUUUACUGCUCACCAGACCAGCACUGAUGCCGCUCGGCAUGAGUUUCAUUCGGUCAGGAAUAAAUUAAAGUCGGCAAUAAGAACUGCGCGGAAGGCAUUUAUUGAAAAAGCUCUCUAUUCAAAUAAGUGGCGCGAGGUUUGAGUUUCAUUCAGUUAGGAAUAAAUUAAAGUCCGCAAUAAGAACUGCGCGGAAGGCAUUUAUUGAGAAAGCUCUCUAUUCAAAUAAGUGGCGCGAGGUUUGGAAAGUCAUUCACAGAGUGCUAAAGCCAAGUGCGAGGCCCUACGGUUUGAUCCGGACGAACUUAACGAUUUCUUCGCGACGACUGCUCAGAGAACACUAGAGACUCGGGCGACUCUAAUAGAGGAUCUCACGUGCCUGAUAGAUAACCUGCAUGACGUCCCCUCUGAGGGUGUGCGUUUUCAGCUGUCACCAGUGACAACGUUCUCCAGGUCAUCAAGAAUCUACGAUCGGAUUGUUCUACGGGCGCGGAUCAGAUACCUACCCGCUUCAUCAAGAUGGUUGCUGAGUGCUGGGCAGUCCCUCUAACAUCUAUCAUCAACAAUUGCAUUGCGAAAGCUUAUUUUCCAAAGCAAUGGAAGAUUGCUCGGGUGUCUCCAGUUCCAAAGAUUGACAACCCGGUCUCUAACGAUCAACUCCGGCCCAUCUCAGUUCUUCCUGUUCUAUCCAAGGUCUUCGAGAAGCUUGUGGCGAUUCAAGUGACGAAUGAUGCGGACCACACCCAUCUUCUUCACGAUCGCAUCUCUGCUUUCCGUAAAGGGCAUUCCACUAUUACAGCCUUGUUGAGAGUUAGAGACGAUAUUCGCUAUGCCAUGAAAAGGAAAGAGGUCACGCUUAUGGUGUUAACCGAUUUCUCGAAGGCUUUUGACACCAUACCCUUUAGCGCGACCUAGUUCUUGCGAUGGAGCAUUAGAAAGGAAUGAACGACCGCUGACCAUAAAAAAACAUAUUAGCUGGUCUUCAUCCCAAUUCCUUUAACUUUGUCCCUUUCCUCAAUGGAGAGCGAAUCCUUUAACACGCCGCCGUAAGGUUAUGGAAGUAAUUAAUGCCGUGACGAUUGAUCUACGCAUAGUUAGACGAAUAUUUCACAUACAUCUGAAUUAAGAGCUCAAUAGCAGAUGACGUAAUGAUGAACUCCACUACAAAAUCCACAAAGUAACUUUAAAUCUACUUUUAAAAAUCGUAUCAAAAGGUAUCAAAACACAAAGCUAAAAAUAUCAGAAUAUCAGAUUCUUUGUCCAUCCUCGCCAAGUAACAUCAAUUCCUAUGAUAAAAUAUAAAACAAAAUGAUUAAAAAAAAAAAAGAAAAGAGAAAACGGAUUAAAAAAGUUAUUUCAAAAUUCAGUUACAUGGUGUUCGAAAGAAACAAUAUGUCUCAAUAUUUUCAAUCGCCUAAGAGUUUCAGACGAUUUUGGCUUUCUAUAACGACGAUGUUCUCAUUGUCUUGAUUGUAGUUAUGUCAUAGUCGCUCGGGAAACUGAGAUGAUCUGAGAGAUUAUAAGGAGCCAGACUUUAUUGAGGGUAGGAAAGAUUAGUUGCCUUGUUUCUUAGGGCAAAAGGAAUGAAAUAAGCCAAAAAUGUUGAAAAUCAUAACUUCUUUACUCCCAACUACAAGUAAACUACAGCUACGAAGUAAUCCAGUAUUAUUAACUGAGUUGAUGACGUAAAUUGUCUACGCAAAGAGUUUCAAAGCUAACGUUUCGAGCCAACAGAGAGAACUGGCUGAUUUUUUCCCAUUAAAAGAAAAAAAAUAAUACUCACAUCAUUCUGAUAAGUUCCAGAGAAUGCGGCUUUUCCAGAGUCCUGCUUGCUUGUUCUUCGGAUUCCUGUUUGGUAAAACCAAGAGAUUAAGACAGCUUGACGACAAGCUGAUUGACAAACUGAACGAAUGAAAGACCAACCGACCGACUGCCAGCCUGAUUGAGUCAUUGACUGACUGAAUGACCAAGAGACCGACCGACUCACUCGCUGACUAACUGAUUGUUAUGUUCUGAUUGAUCCAUAUUCCAGCAUCUUGGUGAUUUUUCUUUUCGCUGAUGGAGGCGUGCUUUGGGAGCCAAGUGACCAGCCGAGUAACUAUCUGGUGCACUACAUGUAGCUGGAUGAUUUACUGAUUGAUUUGUUUGCUGGAUGCCCGCCUUUCAGGCUGAUUGACUGAAAAACUAAUUGAUUGACUGACUGAGUGAGUAGCUGACACAUUGUCUGUCUGACCAUCAAACUCAAACAUACCUGCGUGAGUGAAGCACUGAACAACUGGCUAAUCAGUUGACUGCUUGCCUGCCUCUCAAGCCCAAAAAUUUACCGCCUGGCCAGCUGCCUGCCUGCCUGCUUGAAUGACUGACUGACUGAACUACUGACUAACUGGUCUCCAAAAACAAACCACAUGUCAUUGAUUGAUAUAUGAAAAAGUAGAUCAACUACCAAACUAAGGAGUGUGGACAUCAACCGGAAAUCUCUUCCAAAUAAACGCACGUGCAUUUAGAAAAAGGCACCCACAAAAUGCGUAUAUACGUCACGAACCUUCCCCACUCUCAAAUUCGCUCGAAGACUUACAUCUGUUACAGUUGCUUCUGCCGUCCAACACGGAGAUACAUUUACAAGUUUCUCCGUUUGGACUGUAGCGAGACCGUCACGUUUAGUAUACCCAAUCUCUACUUUGGUAGAUUUUGUUUUCCUGUGAUAGACACGAGUUCUUGCGGCAGCAUUUGUUUCUCCACCAGAGGGAGAAUUGCCCACAUCAAAUCCUAGUUUUCCAGGAAUAUUAAAUCUGUUGUGAUGCUCGAGUAAGUUUGUGCUUCUAAAGUUCUUGACCACAAAUGAAGAAAGUUCGUGAGACUUUUGGCGGCUUCUGUCUUCUACAUAAGUGUCUCCAAAGACAUCGUUUUUGCGCUUGGAACAUGAGCUUUUGUUGUUUACGAAUCUGACCGAAGGUCUUUCGAACUCAGUACCAGGACAAGUAAUAUUGAUUCCUACUGGCAAAUAAUCCUUCUCAUUACACUUUUCUUUUUUUUCUGAAAUUUUCCCAAAGAAAGAUUUGUCGGGGUUAGCAGAGUAGACGUGGGCCUGUCCAAGACCUAUUUACGUUCUUCUUCUUCUAUAUCAUCAGUGCAUGCAUUUCCUUUAAAAACGGCACACGUCUCGUUCUGUUGGUUAGUUGAUUUAGGGUAUCCUGUGGCAAGAGGACCCUCCAUGAAAUUUUCUAGAGGCAACUGGUCUUCCCGACGAGAUUUCUCAUUACUUGUCACCUUUUCUGUUUGAGAACAAUGUACAUUUCCAGUCCUCGGAGAUGUUACAUUCUCCUGUUUGCUCUAAAGUUAUUUUGGUGAGGAAGCAGUUACAGUUGUUCCCUUCUUUAAGAGUUCAGUUCCAGAAAAAUGUUGCUUUUUAACUUCCACGUCAACGUAUGGCUUGAAGUUAUACUCAGUAGGAAACGAAAUGUCUGCGCAGCUUCCAGCAUCUGGAAAUAACACAACAGAGGUAUUUGAAUUUAUUUUGAUCGAUAAAGGUUUUCCCAAUAACAUUGUCAAAGUUAAAUUAACUGCCCUAUACACCUUCCAGGGAGAUGCCGGUUGAAACAAGUCUUGCUUCGUUCACUGCGCUGCCUGCUGUGAUGUGGCAAUAAACAAGUACAUAACACAAAAACGAAACAACUCAUAAUUCUGUGUAUUUUGAAAACAAAAUAAAAGAGAUAACACUUAAUGGUGAGUUAACCAAGUUAAUUUAAACAGUCAAUUGAAGUUAACCGGUUUUACCGAAACAUCGUGAUGUGGCCGCUUUUUUGGCGUUUUAUCGAACUGAAACUGGGCUUACGGUAACCACAGUAAUUCAUUGAAGAACAAUAAAUUUUACAACCGAGUUUGGUUAAUGUUAAACUACCUUUCUGCGUAGUUAAACUCUUACCAGUGCCGUGCAUUGUUCUUGUCGCAAAAUGUGUAAGUCAUCGCGGUGUGUGUGGGGAAUGUUGUUUUACGUAGGAGAAAUAAGUGCAUAAGCUUAUGAACAUGGCGUCUGGUAAACAACAGCUACAAUAAGAAGAUACAUUACUCAAGCGCAACAAUCCGCUCGCCACAUAAUUCUCCAUCGGUAAACUGCUGCUCAGAAGCGAGAGUCAUAAAUAUUGAAAGAAUACGGCAAAGUGCUUGAAAGGACUCGAUGUUUUAUACGAAAGGGCUCUCUACAAAAGUCACGCAUAGCAGGAUUAGUGCUUGCCUCAAGCCGUCACUGAUUUCUCGGACAGAUCCAAUAUCAGGGACGAUUCAACCGACGGCAAUGAAGAAUACUCUGACAUCUACGGCAAAUUAACAUCACGGUCGAAAGAACUGCCUUGGAAGUUUGCGUAGUGUGCAGGGGAGAGAAAGGAAACGAAAAGAAAGAAAGAAGCGAGAAAAUAACAACGUGGUCCUCGAAGCCUGCAUACUUUUGGUUUCCCCCCCCCCCCCACUCAAAACAGCAGCACGAAAACCUGAUACGUGUCGAUACGUGACUUUGCCAAAUUCUACAACAUUCGUUGAUCUCAGACUUACUUCAGCCUAUAGGUUUGCAUACUAGGAGGGUCUUAAUCAGGACAAUCAGGGGAUAACCGUUAGCGGGCGGUCAGACAAAGUAUACGUAACGAUUUCUCGCCUUACUUCAUGAUCGAUAUUCAGGGAAGUGGAAUGACUUCAAGCUAUUUAUUUAUUUACUUGAAAUAGUUAAAAUAAUCGCCUGAAUUUCGAGGUGUUUGCUGCAACUAGCAAAAACAAAAAACUCAAAGGCAGUCCAUCUGGGUAGUCCAUGUACUAGGGGUUAGUGUUUUGUUCAUCACCCGGAAUAUCACCUGAGGAAAUUCUGCUGUACAUGUGAUACACACACGUGAUGGUCGAGUGUUAGCUUGUGUUUCCUACUCUCAUGAGCUCAAACUUAUAAUCAAUUUUGCGUGUCAAAAGCAUGUAUAUGUCUUUGGCAGAUGAUGUUGGGAAAUACAAGCUUUUCAAUACUAUAUACAGUACUACCGUAAAGCGGUAUGUCAAUAGGACGUUAAUGACCAGACAACUCAGAAAUAGUAAAGAAGCCAUAAGACAGUGAUAAAAAAACAAGCAGUGUAAAAGAAAUGCAUAUUGUUGAUUUUCACCAAUAUAACGACAAGUUUAAUGAAGCAUGAAGUAUUCAUAAGUCGACUAUUAUUGGCAUAUUUAGAGGAACACCUGUCCCACUCUGUACUAACUGUCGCACUCUGCAAUAAAAUUUUCGCACUUUGUCAGGACAGAUCAUCGUCAAAACUUGCGAAUACUUUCAGCUUGCUUCAAAUUAUAUGUGUAAAGAUCGGAAAAAAAAUUAUAUUUCAUAUUUGUAAAUAAGCAAGCUUUUUAAUUACUCAACUUGUAAAAACUCCCUGAGGUCUGCUAUUGUCAGACGGAACCCGUAGGAGAUUUUAAAAAAGUUUCCACUUUUUCGGUUCGCCCAGCGCCGCUAAAUAGUUUAUCAUUAACUAAAAACUGUUAAAAAAGAAACCGAAUUUUCGAACCGAAAUGAAUCGGACCGCUUUUAGAGAGACUGGUUUAUCAGGCACAUUCGCCUUCCGACCAGCUUUACCAAAUUUAUUUCAAAGUGCGAAAAGCGCUGUUACAAAGUGCGACAGCCCUAUUAAUACAAUGUUCAAGUGUUACUGUAUUACAAAGCGCGACAGUUAUUUAAUAGUGCGGCGAUUAUUUCAAAGUGCAAAACAACAGACCUCUAUGCCAGCUUUGGUGCAGCCAUUUGCAAGAAGAAAAAACAAAAAGAAUACCUAUUUGUAAAGUUUGUAAAAAACGUGCGAGAAUAAUUAUGAUAUCCUGCUAUUGUAUUAAUUAAGAUUAGUGCCAGAAUUCAUUAAUUAAAUAUUUCAAAUAUUCAAUAUUAUUUCAAAGUACAAAACAACAGACCUCUAUGCCAGCUUUGGUGCAGCCAUUUGCAAGAAGAAAAAACAAAAAGAAUACCUGUUUGUAAAGUUUGUAAAAAACGUGCGAGAAUAAUUAUGAUAUCCUGCUAUUGUAUUAAUUAAGGUUAGUGCCAGAAUUCAUUAAUUAAACAUAAAAGUUAUGAAAACAUAUUGCUCUGAGAGAAGAGUUAUUGAGCCAUCUAUCAUAUCAAACAAGAAACAAAUCGAGAGACACGCAGAAAGUUGCUUUGUGUGAUAAAGUACUCAUAACUCGGCUAUCUUUGGUGUUUAGCACAACCCACUCUAAAUUUAAAGACACAUUUCAGCAGAGGUAAAUUAAGCUUAGUUGAGGUAGGGUAAGUAAUCUCUUUUGCAUUUAUAAGAUCAUGUAACAAGUUUCUUUCCUUUCUUUGUUUGGGUUUCGGUGCGGAAGUAUUAGAAAGUUGGUCUGGUUCGUUCAUAAAAAUUGACGACAAAAUAAGUGCUGACGGUUACCAAAGGGGUUAACUCUUUCUAAUGACGAGAAAAGAGAAGAAAGAUUGGCCAAUAUAGAAUUGUAGUUCAUGUCUAGUGUGCGUACAUCGGGGUAUGGAUUCAUGAUCACGCGGGGAAUUUUGGAGAGGAGGAGAAAAGCGAAAUAGUCGCUCGAGGCGCAGCUGAGAACAAUGUUAUCUACUUUAGUGCUCUAUGACGUAGCUGAUACAACUUGUGCACGAAAAUAGCGUUUUAUCCGAAAUGUCGGUUUUACCAUAUAUUAUCUUGUUAUCCGAAAAGUUGGUGCCACAAAUAAAAUGCAAGACAAAAUGAUUAAGAAAUAUUUCUUGACCAAUUCGUUUUUCAGACAAGAGCUAAUUGAUAGAAGAGAGAAGCGAGAGUUAUUUAUUCACUGACUCUAUAUUCUAAUAUUUUUCGAGCUAUGUUAAGGUUAUUUUCACGGCUAGCCUGGCGAAGCUCUUUCGCUCUUCUAUCCAACACCUGCUUGGACGGUACGAAGUAAAAUCUCUUUCCGGUACAUUGGGACGGCUGUAGUCCUUGUUCUUCAAGGCGAUUUAGCGAUAAUCAUGAGCUUUCUAGGCCAUAUUCUAUCUCAUAUUUGUUUCGGCGUAAAACCGCUCGAGUGAACUGUUCAGCCGGCACUUAGUGUUCGAUUUGUAUAGGUAACAACAAGGUUUUAAACGCAAUUUGGUGUUAAUAAGCACAAGUCAAUGGAUUUUACUAGAAGCGGUAAUGGAGAAUAGAGAAUAUAGAAUAGUUAAUAGGGAAUGGCAGACCUUUUAGUUUCAAGAUGAAAAAAAUAGUUAUAUUUUCAUUUCAGUGUCUUUGAUACAUAACACUUUUGCUAAAAAGAGAUUUAAAGUUACUUCUGAAAAUUAAAGAAAAAACAUCCUACAUCCUGUACGCUUCGUGUGAUGAUGAAUUCAUAACUUGACUGUCAUUGGUAUUUAGGACCAGCACCUGUCGACAUUGAGUACAACCCACUUGACAUUUGGAGACAUACUCCUGCCAAGGUGAAUUGAAGCCGAAAUUCGAUAUUUCUAUUCCAAACAUAAAUUGUCAUCGAACUUUAAGAAAAUUGAAAACCUUGGCGCCGUCAGUACAGAAGUAACGAAAACCAAUAUCUGACAUCAAAACUCUUCCGGUUGUUUUAAAUUACAACAACGACCAAACGCCAACCACUGCUUAAGGAAAAAUCGUCGAAAAAAAUAAACAAAUAGAUCACUUUUUUUAGCCUUUCAACGCGACCCAAUGCAAUAAGCGGAAACGGUAAUCUUUUUUUAAUAAAAAUAAUUUUUGAGGGCUGAUUGUAUGGGACCUGGAUUGUGUCUCGGUUCAUAAAAAAGCAGAAAAAGAACUCGGCCAAUAUCUAGCUUUCUUUACUCCACGCUUGUUUCAAUAACGCAUAUAAAGUGCAGAGUCACUUCUUACUACUGUCGAUGAUUAGUUUUUCGUAACUUAAUUGAACAGAAUCGAACACGUUAGUGUGUUUAAUGUUUAUGCGUUCAACUAGUGGAGACAGAAGUAACGAAAACCAAUAUCUGACAUCAAAACUCUUCCGGUUGUUUUAAAUUACAACAACGACCAAACGCCAACCACUGCUUAAGGAAAAAUCGUAAAAAAAAUAAACAAAUAGAUCACUUUUUUUAGCCUUUCAACGCGACCCAAUGCAAUAAGCGGAAACGGUAAUCUUUUUUUAAUAAAAAUAAUUUUUGAGGGCUGAUUGUAUGGGACCUGGAUUGUGUCUCGGUUCAUAAAAAAGCAGAAAAAGAACUCGGCCAAUAUCUAGCUUUCUUUACUCCACGCUUGUUUCAAUAACGCAUAUAAAGUGCAGAGUCACUUCUUACUACUGUCGAUGAUUAGUUUUUCGUAACUUAAUUGAACAGAAUCGAACACGUUAGUGUGUUUAAUGUUUAUGCGUUCAACUAGUGGAGACCAAAGGAAACUAGAACAAAACCUUUUGUAUUGAUUUAUCCUUCAAGGUGUAAAUUGAAGUAUUCAUUUGAUUGAAAAUCCGUAACUAAGUUUAUCUUAGCAUUAUUAACUGGGUUGAUAGGUACUUUAUCUGUGUGCAGGAAUUGGCACCUACAUUCACCUCAGAAUGAAUCCAAAGUUCUGGCUGGCAACCAUGUUUCUGAUGUCCCGGAUUUGUGUACUCAACGCCAACAGCCAGUGUCAUUUGAUGGAAAGCUCCAUUGGCGGAAUGUACUUGAGAGGUCACGUGUUUAAAACGUAUCGCGAUCAGUUGCCUAAAGAGUGUUAUUUCCGAUGUGAAGAAGAAGUCACGUGUCAGAGUUACAAUGUCGUCAUUGGUCAAAACAUCUGUGAACUGAACAAUCGUACAAAGGAAGCAAGACCGGAAGAUUUUAUGCCGGAUCAGAUGAGAUUUUACAUAAAGCGUUCUAGAAACAGAGGUACCCUUUACAUUCCCUCGACUAACUUUUUGCAUUUCUGGGCAAACUUGUUUUUUUAAUUUUUCAUUCACGAUUUAAGAAACUCAAAUAUCAGAGAAACAAAAUUUAUAGAUUCAGAUAUAUUCCUAUGGCGAGCCUUUUGAUGAUUCAAUUUCGGGGAUUGUUUCAAUAUUGGUAAAGCAUUUCAAAAUACAUGGACAAGUCCAAAUAGCAGAGACGACGUUUUGGAAUCAUCGUCUCAUCAACGUCAUCGUGGGACUUAAUUAUGAAGUCAAGCAACUCUUUUCCUUAGUCAACUUGAAAAUGGUGUGACGAUGAUAUGGAAAUGUUGGCCUGUUUCGCUGCGUUAUUGUUGCUGUGUUCCAUCUCACUUCUUAGUCUAGAUCUGAUGGAAUUAGCACAGAUUUAUUUCUUUCUGCUUUUACGCAGGCAGGAAAGGUUGGAGGUUUUUUUCCUCUCCUGCCGCAUCAGGAGGUAUCGAACUGCAUGAUGGUGUAAACUUCUUUCCUGAAAUUCGUUUUUUCUGACGUAGUUCCCCUCGGAUCUAUCAAAGAACUUCCAGCGGAAACCUGUGGUGAGAUUGAGGCGAGUGAAGGGAACCAGAUGGCUGACGGGAAAUACUGGAUUUACUCUAAACAGAAUAGCAAGGUCAUCGAAGCUUAUUGUAAAGGUAAAUUGUGUAACUAAAUUAUUCAUUCAUCACCCCCCUUGACGUGUUCUCCUAACCCGACUUGUUUUUUUAAACCUACCAAAAUAACAUCUCCUCGCAGUGUAAAAAGGGAAUUAUAGUAAAAGAGGGGUUUGUUUUCAGUAAUUCCAAUAGAACUGUAAACUCGGAGAAGAAGAUUAGUCAAUGACGUGAAUUGUUCUUUUUCUUUUUUUACAAAAUUGUUUUAGUGGCGUAUGGGAAUAGAUUGAAACAACUAUUCAGAUCACGACGCCGAGAAGGACAAUGUUUUAACUUUUUUAUCAUUGGAAUUUUCCUGCAAAUGGCUGUUAGUUACCAUUCGAAAUGCAUCGACUGACUAGCUAUUUUUUUAUUAAUAAAGUUUAAUUAACUUUCAAAACUAUCUACCUAUCCUAUUGCUAUAUCUUAGGGAGCUGGCAAAAGAUAAAUGGUGAAGAACCCGUCUGCUUUGGAGCCAAAGAUAAUCAGUAUGGUUCCUUCAACAUGACAAAGAGUGGACGAGUGAAGACAAUGAAGCUUAUUUACAGGUCAGGGUCGGUGCGCUGCAACUAUGAAACUAAUUCAUCCUACUGGGGCUGCACUUACCCAGCGUAUGGAGAAAAUUUGAUGACAAUCAUCACAGAUGCAAAUAAGAAGGCCAUUCUGCCCCCCGCCGAAGACUUGAAAGCUUAUUCUGAUAACAGAGAAUACUUGUACAGUCUUCCUGGAUAUCACCAUAAUUCAAAUGAGCUGGUUUUUCGCAACCUCGUCAAUCCGUUGUCUGUCUCGAGCUACCAAGAGAUGCAGAUAUGGUACGGACAGGAUUGGAUGGACCACUCAGAGGAAAACAACAGCGGUAAAACUUGUAUUGAUGUGUAUGCAUGGUAUGAGUGAGUCUUCCCACUGGAGAUCUUGUCUUCGAUAAUUUUAAAACGUAGAGGAAAAACAUUAGAU